AUGCAGCAGGCGCCGUCGCUCCAAACGCAGCACUCAGCAUCGUUCCGCUCCGCGAGCGCGACGGCCGGCGACAGCAAAUUCACCAUCAUAGAGCGGGAGGCCAGCACCCGGCGCCGCGCGCCGCCGACGCGGGCACGCAGCGGCGGCGAGGCGGACGACAUGGAUGACGCGCUCGCGCGCGGUGCGGGGUCGGUGUCGCAGCAACGCACGCAGAGCGGCAGCGAUCACAAGCAGCAGCGCGACCAGCGGCGCGGCGGCAGCGUCAGCGCGGCGGUGCCGGCGGUGCCGCUGCUCGCGGCGUGCGACGACCCGGUCAGCCUGCUGGUUGGGCUCGGCGCGCUGCUCGUGCGCGGCUUCGGGGGCCCUGUCGCAGCCGCGACGCGCGCGGAGGUGGAACGGCGCGCGUGCGCGCUGCUGCGGGUGCCAUCGAUCACGGGCGAAGCAGGGGCGCGUGCCGCGCGGCGGGGGUCGGUGGUGGGGGACGCGCCCCUGGCCGCCGCCGCGGCUGCGGAGGCUUGA